AUUGAAAGCAGCUGCUGACCAAGACAUUUUUUAGCCCUUGCUCAGGACAGGACUGCCCAGAUUCAAGGUCCAGCCACCUACUACCGUCGAAAGAAAUUCCCACCCAUCUUUUUAUGAUCGGCUGCCGGGUUUUAUGUUGACCGUUACAACCGCAAAAUCGGACAUCAUCUACCGCGACAUUGUACGUGUAAGCCUCUAACAGUUAGUCCCCUAGGUAAGCGACCCAUCUCGAUCUUUUUUUAGAGGGGAAAAAGGAAAAAAGUCGAGAUGGAUCCGGGUUCCCUUGACCCAAGACUUCGCGAUCCUGGAGAGGACUCAAUUGUCGUCAACGGUCCGUCAAAUCCGUCUCAACAACAGCAACUCGCUGUCGCGGGUCUUCACAAUUCUCAACAAUCAGAUCUUCCCGAAUCACCGCUUCAGCAACAAAUUCAAUCUCAAUCAACCGGUCCAUCUCCUGUAGCUUCUGCGACUGGCUUUACCCCCCAUACUCCUAAUGGUCACCAUACCCAUUCCGCCGCCAGCGAUACACCUAACGGCCCUGGAAAUACCCCGCAAGACCCGAACGAUCCUAAGCGACCACGAGCUUGCGAAGCUUGUCGUGGAUUGAAGGUGAAAUGCGAACCUGACCCAGCGAAUCCUGAUGGGCCAUGUAAGAGAUGUGCGAAGGCAGGACGCAAUUGCGUUGUGACGCAACCUACUCGAAAGAGACAGAAGAAGACGGAUAGUCGUGUUGCAGAGUUAGAGAAAAAGAUCGAUGCUCUGACUGCAAGUCUGCAUGCGAGUCGAGGGGGCCCAAGCACCGCUUCGCAUACAACUCCAUCGGAGGAACCGACGUACGGAUAUGGCCAUGCUUCUACCUCGAAAGAUUGGGGUGCUCCGCCAUCUCGGGAUCACCAACCUCAAUCUGCGCCCGAGCCAGAAAAGCGUUCUUCAUAUGCGGCCCCGACCUCUAUGGCUGGCCAGAAGCGCAAGUUCACGGAAUCAAACGAAGGUUCACCUGACGUAGCCAGUGCCUCGCCGGUACCGCCCAAGUCCAGUACAGGACCCGAAUCAGAGCCGGAUGUAAUCGAUCGUGGAAUAAUUACUAUGAGCGAAGCUGCCGCAUUCUUCGAUCGAUUCACAGAAGACAUGGUUCCGCAUUUACCAGCUGUUGUUUUCCCCGAAGGCACAACUGCUAUCGAAGUUCGAAAAACGAAGCCUAUCCUGUUCCUCGCCAUUAUGGCAGCUGCUUCUUCUGAAAUCCCUAAGCUUCAACGUCAGCUUGUGCGAGAAAUCAUGCAAAUAUUUGCCGAUCAGAUUAUUAUCACGGGCAGGAAAUCUUUAGAGCUAAUCCAGUCGCUCUUAGUCAGCGUAAUUUGGUACUAUCCGCCUGAACAUUUCGAGGAGCUCAAGUUUUACCAGUUCGUACACUUAGCAGCUGUUAUGUCGAUCGAUAUUGGGCUGGGUCGAAAGAAGCAUAAUCCCAAGACUCGGCUUGUGCCUUAUACUUGGCGAGAUCAUCCUUUCAGAAAGCAGCCUCUUCCCGAUCCUAUGUCUGUCGAAGCACGGCGAACGUGGCUGGCUGUGUACUUUUUAGCUUCGAAUGUGUCGAUGGCUUUACAUCGCCCAAACCUCAUUAGAUGGCAACCGUUUAUGACCGAAUGCAUGGAUAUCCUGGAAUCUUCUCCACAGGCCGCGCCGACCGAUAGAUAUCUCUGUCAUCUUGUUUGGACACAUCGACUUGCCGAGGAUGUCGGUAUCCAGUUCUCUAUGGAUGACCCUAGUGUUUUCGUCAACGUUUCGGAACAGAAAGUUCAAUAUGCUCUACGAGGCUUCGAACGCGAUCUAGCUAAAUAUAGCGAGUCUAUACCUAAAGCAGAGAAAAGACCUUCCCUUAUUCUUGGCUUCCAUGUAUUAAAUCUAUAUAUGCACGAGAUCGCACUUCAUGUCGAUAAGAGCCCCGAGGAAUACCGACCUCCGUGCAAUGCUGAUUCUCUUCGGGAACCUAUUCCGGGUUUAGAAGACUCGCUCACGCCAUCACAUAUCAGUGCCCUAUCAUCGUGUCUUACUGCCAUCGAUGGCAUUUUUGAGACAUUCUUAUUAAUGGACGUCCGUAGCAUUCGCUGUAUCCCGAUUUUUAGUUUCGUUCGGGUCGCUUAUGCAGUUGUCGUCCUCAUUAAGAUGUACUUCAGCGCGAGUAACUCAAACUCAGAACUAGGCAAAGUCAUUAAUAAGGAUAACAUGAAGGUUGCGGAAUACCUAGAGAAACUGCUUGAGAAGUUCCGAGAGGUUGCCGCAUCGGAUAAGUCCCGCCCAGCUAGCAAGUUUCUACUUGUGCUAGCUAUGUUACGCAGUUGGUUCUAUAAACAAGGACAGGCUCAUGGUAAGGGCUUGGGCGAUGAUGAAGCUGCUUCAGCAGCCAUCCAAGAUCUAAGAGGGGGGAUGCCUACAAAUGAGCAGAAGAAAGGCUCGGCCCCUCCCCAACAACAUCCGCAGCAACAUCACCAAGCACAAGCGAACAAUUCUGGCCAGACGAACACGCCGCUCCAGCUCCUAUCCGAAAUUGCGACCGGUAAUGGUCCACCACGCAGCAACGGUCAGAAUCCGGCACCAGACUCUAACACGCAUCCAUACCAGGCGAAUGCAGGAUGGCUGCGAUCUGUACCGCAACCGGCUCAGCCAUUCAUGUACGAUCCGACCGGGGGCAACGUGGCAGCUACAUCCAGGGGAGGGAUGUCGGGACCGGGACCGGGUUCAGAGCAAUCAUUCAUGCCAUGGAUGGCCGAUUCGUUCGGAUCUAGUGAUUUCGACUACACCAGCCUAGGCGAUGGCUUCGAGCAAGCAAUGGGCCUCACUCUAACAGGCUUCGGCGGCGGUAGCCCCGGCGACCCGGCUUCGUACGAGGACACCAUGCGUUACAUGAUGCAGAACAAUAUGCUCGGACCCGUCCCCGUCGAGGGUUUCGCCACCGCCCCCCAGGGCCCGCAAGCCGGUCCAAAUGGAAACUAUUACCCGUUCUAGGCAAGCGCGGAAUGUCCGGUCGCGAAGCACGGGGGUUGGUGCGAGAGUUGCGCCUUGUACUACUUCGAGCAGGGAUUCUGACGCGCCCGUACUUCUGAGGACUUCCUUACCUCAACUA